CCGUGUGGAGGGAAAGCAAAAGGCUAAGGCGUUGCUGGAAUAAACACUUACAAUGCUCAAGGAGGUUUGAGCGGCUUACCUGAGAAGGGCUGCUGGACGCCAGCAUGUACUCCCAGCCGGCCAGAUUGCCAGCUCAGACGCUGCCUAUCAACAGUCAGUACAUGGCGCCUACGUAUGACUUUGCGACCUACCAUCACAUGCCGGGAGUCUCAGAUCCACCUGGAAGCGCUUGGAAUCCCGUUUACCGCGAGGAUUAUUCCUUCAGCUUCCCGGGUUCAAGCCCUAGCACAGGGCAAGUGAACUUCAACUCAACAGAGCUGGGUAGCAUGCCCACCGCCCCGGGAGGAGGAGGCCUCAACCCCUACAACCUUUUCCCAGGUCAGGACCCCUUUGGCCCCCGGAGGAGACCCCAAGAGCCCACAAAGCUGAACGCACCGGCAGCAGGAAAGACUCGCACAAAGGAGAAAUACAGAGUUGUCUACACGGACCACCAGCGGCAGGAGCUGGAGAAUGAAUUUCAAUUCAACCGCUACAUUACAAUGAGGCGCAAAUCUGAGCUGUCCUUGGCAUUGAACCUCUCCGAAAGACAGGUGAAGAUCUGGUUUCAGAAUAGACGUGCUAAAGAGAGGAAAAUAAACAAGAAGAAGCUGCAAGAUUCCCAGCAGCCCUCCACAUCCACAUCCACCCCACCUGUGCCCACUGGAUCCACUGAGAGCCACAAUGCAACAAGCCCGGGCAGCAAUAUUCUGUCCAAUGCCAUGUCAGAAGAAUACAAGAUUGAGUUCAUGUGACUGAAAAGUUUCCUGUUGUUUUAUUUUUAAUUUUUUUUAACAAAACGCAAGAAGUGAUCACUGAAUUACUGGAAUUAUGCACUGUGAGCAAUUCACCGGAUGAACUAUUUCCGACAGCUUUAAACUGUGAAAUGAUCACGAAGAAAUGAAGAAAAGCUAAAAAUUGUGCUUAACCAUGUUUGUAUAUAAGCUCAUAUAUUGUUUUGGCAAAGACUUUCUUUUAAAUAUGUAACAAUGUGAAUUGCACUUGAGGACAAAAAAAGACUUGACGCCAAGGGCGUAGGUUUGCAUUGGGAUGGUAGAGACACAACACUACCAACUUUUCAAGAUGCUCAAAUUGUCCCCAUCAACUUUUAAGCAACUUAUUUGCAUUAUAUAAUGAAUUCGGUUACAUAGGGCAUUUAGUCUUCCCAUAUGUUGUAGGGAUAAAAUUGACCCCACCAUUGUUAAGUUAAUUACUUUCAUUUAUUCAGACUUACAUUUUCACUUGCUGAAUGUGCCAGUCAAACACAUUUGAUGGCUGAUGACUUGACCCCCCACCACACACACACAGGCAAUAACAGCCCCGACAUAAAUACAACAUGCCGCUUCCUCCGCCCUCUUCAAAGACAAGGAAUAUUAUACGUUUUUUUCCGCCAGCAGCGGCAACUGUAACUAUUGUAAAAAGAAGUCAAAGUUGUGGAGGUGGGGAACACACCAAUAAUUUUUCUACUGAAAGACCGACCGGCAUCAGAGUUUGCAUAACAUAAAUCUGUGUGAAUUUCCCAAACUCAAGUAGGAAUCUGCUUUGAGAGAAAUAUCUUCCUUCAUGUGUUCUCUAUUGUUAACGCUAAUUAAACUGUAAGAAAUGUACUGAACCAAGGUUUAAACCCUUCUCCCCAGUUUUUAUUUUAACACUCAAAGCAAGAU